GGAACAACGGGAUUGACGUUUAAAUCUAGAUAGUGUAAAGAGCUGUGAGUUUUGUUAUGACCAAAAAAUACCACCGGACCUGAAGUUAAAUGAUGAUGAUGAUGCAACUAGAAGAUUUUUUAGAUUUUUUUAGAUUCUCAAUCCACCAAAGGCUCUUUCAUGAUCCCGAGUUUGUACUAGUUGUACAGCCCUUCUCUUGCCGAGCUUUACAACUCUUCUGAAUAAAGAAGAAACGUCGAAGAAGUUCGCCGUCCUCUAUCCCACGAAAAAACGGUUUCAUUGUGAUGAUAUUGCAAGAUCUGCGUCACAAGUUUGCUACACAUGGCGCAGAAGAUUUGCCAUGCGCGCAUUUCCCAGAGGGAAAACACGCUUAUAUCGUUAAAUGUCUUGUCGGUGUAGCAAUACAAAGAGUUCUGUGCUCCAUUCUAUGCAUCCUGAAACAGUUUUUUCUUGCGAUGUCCUCCUUCGUACAGGCAAUGCUAGCGGGCCUUUCAACAUCGUCUGCGCAUCGAAACUACUAACCUGGCAGCCUAGAAGCAAGAGCGUCAAAAGAACGAGGGCCUGGGCCUCCGAUUCGACGUAUCAAAUAAAAGGCACGGCAAUUGUAAGAAGGGUCGCUGUGUGACUUGCCAUGGAUCAACAUCACGACUCACACCCAGUAAGAACAUCCCCACUUGGCAGCUUCGAAGUUGUGACUCAACAUCACGAAGUUCUACUUUUGUUUACGGCAGAGCGCAGUUGAACAAAUUGCACAUUGCAAUGCAGCGGUAUUUUUUAUCGGCUACACUUUUGACGAGGAGAACAGCAGAAUAUUAUUAAACGACGAGUAUUACUAGCCGCACUGAGACAUCAAAAACCACAGCACCUGGCGAGAACAAAAGGAAUAACAGACCGAAGGGAACAACAGACCGAAGGGAACAAAGAAAGAAGUGCAAGUCGCGGAAAGAACCCAGAGAAUCAGGGGCGAAACGUCGAAGAGCUGGACAGACAUAUACAAAAGUGAUCAGUUGAAAUCGAAUAAAGAACGUCGAAUCGAAGAUAAACUUUGUUUCCAAUUCUAGCAUGACCACUAGCAACUCCCGUGCUGUUUCUACAGGAGCAUCUAGACCUACAACAGCAAAUUAUAAAUCGUCUUCAUCUCAGCACGCAAUCAAUCGCAGUCCACCCCCGCCUAUGAAAGUGCACAACUCCCCCUCCCCCCCAUUUCUAUUGCAUGAACAGCAAUACAAGUGUCAGCAAGAAAACAGGAUUUGCAUGACAAAUUUGGACAGGAUUAUAGUGCUAUUUGGGCUGCCAAAACUUGUCAUGCAAACAGUGCCAAGAGCCAUGGCGUAGAGGUAGACUAGGCAUUUUGCAUGACAAAUGAGGGGCAGGGGGAGUUGUGCACUCUCAUACCGCCUAGAGUAGGGCUAUUGUUCUCCGCGCGUGGAGGUGGAGUAAAAACUACUACAUCAGGCGGACUACUACCCAAGACCACAGCGACUUCGUCGAAUACAAAUACAACUAAUAGAAACAUCAGCAGUCCGGUCGACAUCCGGCGUGGUCCGGAACAACUGGUAACAACUUCGUCAGGACAAUGCAUAGCAGCAUCGAAUAAAGCAGCAGCUUUUGGUGGAACAUCAAGCUCCCCGACGUCUUCAAGAACCGGUAAAGCGACCAAAAGAGCAGUCCUCGUGAAAACAACUUCCCCGCGACAGCCGCCAGCCUCCGCGCGAGGCUUGUGUCCUUCAAGUGUGCGAUCGUCGCUGUCCGCGCGCCGCACGACAGCGACGUCGUCUAAGGCUGCAGCAACAGCAGCACAGCACACCAUUUCGGGCGUCGUCACUUCUACCACGCUUUCUUCAUCGAGUUGCAGCUCGUCUACUGGUGCAGCUAAAAACAGUAGUCUGCAUCAAAGUGGUUCACCUACGUUUAUUCGCACGGGCUCUCCGGUGUUAGUCGCGCGAAAUUUCUCGAGCAGUAAUAUAUACCUGUUGUUAUAUUAAUUUAGAGUGUCCUUUCAACAUCUUAUUCUCAAGACAAGGAGCAGCUCUCAAAAAAAUGUCGUACUAGUAAGAACUGAGUGAACUACAGGAGCAUCAAUGCUACCAUUUCAGUGAAUCAAUUUCUUGUAUCCUUAUCCCUACUUGUACGUACACACACGCAGGCCGACCGACGUCGACCGGUAGUGGCAAGAUUCAACAGAAUUUUCACGCAGCAGGACCGAGGGUCAGCACUGUAACGACUCCAUUGAAGACUACGACGACUAGGACUACUCUAUCCUCCUCGCGGCAAAGCCCGCGCGGUAGUUGUGCAAGAACAUUUGUUUCCUCCUCCGCGCACUGCUCUCCAGUUUUGUUAGGAAGGAAUAGAGCAGCAAAUAAUACCAGUGCUAACAAGACCAAAAAUCUUGUCAAGUCAAACACCUCGUCCCCCGCAACUACGGAGUCUUCUUCACAAGAGACACAAGAACUUGCGGGGCCGCAGACGAUAGAACAAAAAGAUCUACAACUACUUCCAGACCACUGCGCAACAACCACUAUUAGCAGUGCAAGAAAUUAUUCUACCGCUACAACUUCCGUUGCGCCAGCUGUUUUUAAUACCAAGAAACAACAAGAACCCCAGCAGAAUAUAAAUUCGUUUCAACCUUUUCAACCGACGAACAUAAUCAGUACAACUACAGCUUUUCAAUUUAGCAGCCCCCGGCAAACAAGAAGUCCGUUACUUGAGCAACGGAAGUUGCGGCCCCUGGUUGUGCCUUUGAGUAGUUCAAGCAUCCCCUGUAUCCGAGUGGUGGACAACCCUCCCCUUCAUUUGUAUGGCAUGAACUACAGCAACACAAGCAACGGCAGAUAUGUCGCUUCCGCAUGACAAAUUUUUUGUAUACGGAUUAUUCUACUGUGCGAGGUUGUUCCAAAAUUUGGCAUGCAGGCAGUGCAGCCCUUGCUAUUUUGCAUUACAAAUUAGGGGGAGUCGGACGAGUUGUACACUCUCAUACCCUGCUCUGCCAACGUGGUGCAGCUUUCGAGUAAUUGUACUAGCGCGAACAAUACCCAGUGCAAAUAUGUCUGGGUCUGGAAACGUACUUGUGAUGCUAAAGUAUGGAUAACUCUAGUGCUUUCAGGUCCAGCCAAGCAUGACAAGUUUGUUUGACGCCGUCCGAUGCGUAGCACGCCUGACAAGGACAAGCUGCGUCUCUGCAUGACAAAAAUAAUUAAGUAACGCCUUUGCCGGCUAUGUAACACAGAUUUUUCAUGAUGAAUAGCUAGGCAUGCAACACAAAUUCCAUUUUUCCACAGCCAGACACAUCAUUUGCAUUCGAUAAACACCAGCCGGGCCCAGUCACCGGUCCUGGUCGCCGCUGGUACGCAGUUGCUGGGAGCAGCGCCCUCGAGUAGCAGGAACAACAGUCGGACUGCGACGCCUUUACUCAACAAGGCGACUGGAGCUUCCCCUAUCAUGGAUCGAGGCUCCUACACGACAGGACACAAAAGCACUACUGCACCCUCUACCGCUGGAGUGGUUCGUGGAAAUCAUGGCACCCCGUUGGACAAGCAUAGAAGUGGUCAGGAGAAUAACAAUAACGGUAUGAAUAACUUCGGUACCCUGCCGACGCCGGCUCGGCAGGCGGUAGCGUCUCCGGGAAGUAGCGCGAAUGGCUCCACCACCUCCGGUAUCCAAGAAAAAAACUGUGUAAGUGUAACUUUGUGUUGCAGACGAUGCAAGACACUUACAACUGGCAUGCUGGACAUGCGUCAGAGGCUCCUUUCGUACGUGUUUUCAGCUACUAGCUACGCAUCACAGGUUUUCUCCGUCAUGCAGAGCAAACUUAUGAUGCUGUUCCUCCAAGAAAGUUACACUUACACAGUUUUUUUCUUGCAUAUCCGGGCACAAAGGUACAAUAUUAUCACGAGGUACUAAAGUGCUGCUGUUUGUUGAGUGAUGUCGCGUAGAAGUGCAGCAGAAUUUCCUAUUUUUUGAAGUUGAUGUUAACUCCGUCUUGGUUACUUAAUGCGUAAAGUUCACACGACACAACGAAAAUAACUGUCCAGCUGGUACUACUAGUAGCCGCCACAUGAACUACAACUCGCACCGGUCGGUUGUGUCGGCGGGGGAUCACCACCACCAUUUUCAAGGCGGGGGUUUUAACCAUAACCAUCAUCUGGCGCAGCACACCAGCGGAUCCGGGUCCUUAACGGGCAACAGCCACAGUCUUAGUCAACACCAGCAAAUGCAACAUGCCGAUAACCGUAUUUCCACCACUGUCCACAACCCCCCGGGGAGCAGCAGUGCAACGGCCGCGCAAGACCACCACAGAAUGCCGCCCGGUUUAAGUUUAAGCAACGGAGGUGGGGGAGGUGGUACAUCUGGAGGUGAAGGACCCAACAUGUUGACGUCCAUCACAACUUCUGGAGCGGCCGUUGCGUCAACAUCAAAUGCAGGAGCUCCCCCGAGGCAGUUGCUGCAGCAAAGUGCAAAUACCACUUCGAACACGAGUGCGCGCACACAGCAGCAACAGCAUGGAGCUGCGAUGGGAAUGUCAAAUGGUGCGACUGGUGGUGGUGCACACCAAACACAGAUGAAUAUGAUGACUCCGCGCUACAACUACAACCUGAUCGGCGGUAAUCAACACCAAGCCGACCACCUGAACAGCACGCACUCCAGUCCCCUGCAGCAGCAGCAGCAACAACUUCUGCUCUCUGACCAGCUGUACAGCUCUAUCCCAGAGAAAAAAGCAGGCAGGGCACGCCUGUAAUGCAAAAGUGAAAUAGCAGAAAAAUCUGUCAUGGGCGACCCCAUAGCGGGCUGUUUAGGACAUGCAACACAGAUUUUUUUGUCUUAUUAUUUACAAAUAUGACCUGCGCCUGCCUGUUUUUUUCUGGGGGAUAAGCUCCACGCCGAGUCCGCAACUGUCCGGCUACACGCAGCACAUGCUGUCAACACAGCAGCACGUUAGUUCUUCUAUUACCACAGCAACUACAGCAGCACCGAUGGUGGCCGCUCAGGGCGGCGGGGGUGGGAGUGCGGGGCAGCAUCACAUGCAGGGACAUGGAGGACAUCAGCACAAUCAACUGCAGCAACAGAUGAGUACUUCUAUGAACAACUAUCCACAGAAAAAAACCCGUCCACAACCAAUUUGUCAUGGAAAACACGUAUCAAAUCACGAGGCUGUCAUGCAAAAAAUGGAUGUGGAUGGGUUUUUUUCUGUGGAUAACAACAACGGUUCUUCUUCCACUGGUGCAACGUCUGCGACUGGCCAACAAGGCCAGGUGGUUACCUAUGCCAACCUAGUGGAGAUGGGUAUCACCUCUGCGCAGCAGCAGCACGCAAUGCCGCCGAACUUCGUCGGGCCCAACCACACGAACGCUUCUUCGUCCCCUCUGGUGCGGCAAUUGCUACCAACUGCAAAAAUGUCUGGGUCUGAAAGAGUGGAACUUGUAAUGCUGUCUGCGGAUUCUGAAAAUAUGUGUGUUGCAUGAGCAGCAGAAGGAGUCCAGUUCUUGGCACGCGGAGAAGGCAUUAUUUCUCAUGCGCAAUAUAGCAUCAAGAAGCUCUCAAAAAAUCAGUGAUGCUAGCACCAGCAUCACAGACGUCACGGGUCAUGCAAAAUGUGCAUGACAAGUUCGCAUCCUUCCAGACCCAGACAUAUUUGCAAUCCAUAAUUGCACGCCAACUGCAACACCCCCGUGAUGAACAAUGGCACGCCGAAAUAUGCAUUGCGAAAAUGUCUGGGUCUGAAAGGUUGCAACUUGUAAUGCUAAUUCUGGAUCGUGCAAAAAUCUGUGUUGCAUGAAUGCCAAAAGCUGUCCACUUUUGGCCAAGUUGAGAGGAAGUUUCUCAUGCAGCAUAGGCAUGAUACGGAUCUCACAGAGCCUGUCAUGCUAGGUCUUGCAUUCCAGACCUCAUGGCUCAUGCAAAACGUGCAUGACAAGUCUCAGAAUCUUCCAGACCCAGACAUUUUUGCAUUUGAUACGAAACAGCAAGAGUCAAGCCACCAAUUCGAUGCAACAUCAAAUACGACAACGAGUGGUAAUGUGCGGGGGCAGAGUGGUCGUCCAGCGGUAGGCGGGCAGCAGCAGCAACAAGUACAACACCAGCAAGCGCGGUUGAUGUACAACAACAGCAACAGUUCGAAUACAACUUACAACCACACGAUACAUCAACCAGCGGGCAACAACAUGAAUAGUCACCGGUCGUCCGCUAUGUACAACAACCACGACGGCCACCAUCAAUAUUCUUCAGGCGGCCCGUAUGAAAGUGUCAGAAUCGAAAUUGACAAGAUCGAAAAAAUUUGUGAUGCACAAAAUCGAUGCCAGUUGGAGCCUCAGUUUCCAAGUGGUGCAUGACAAAUUGCGGACGCACCAAAAUCCAGUCUGUCAGGCUGUUUGGGCAAAGAAGACUGCUCCUGUCGUGCUACUCUGGCAGCUCAUCGGCUUCCCCUAAACAGGCUCGCCAUCGGUCGCAUUUGCAUGCUCCCCAACACAGGCCAUCCGUGCUCUACAUUUUACGCAUUACAAAUUUUUCGAUUUUGUCGAUUUCGAUCCUGACACCCCCAUAGCCCACCUUUUGUCCAGCACGGAGGUGGACACUUGUACUCCGCAGGAAGUACUACCGGGGUCGCGGGGGCUGGUACUUCUACAACCGCGACGCAUAACAUGUCCAAGACCAUGAGCGCCCCGCUGGGGCAGCACCAGCAGCCUAUGCAUCUGGGUACAAAUCACAUGGGGACCGGCGGCGGGGGAACUACUACGGGAAUGCAGCUGCACCAUCAACACCAGAUGCAAAGUGCAGCACCAAAUGCGAAUGGAAUCAUGACCAGCAACUACUCUUCUUCGACGACUGGAAACACCAGCAACACUAGUAUGAUGCAGGAACAACAGCAUCAACAUCAGUACAGUAGCAACCUCCAGCACGGGACAUCGAAUACUAAUAUGAACCUCGGCGGAACAACAUCAUCAAACCAGCAAAACCUCCAAAACGGCUCUUCCUUUCUGUCGGCAAACAGCCUGCAGCGGCUGGAGAAUGAGGCAAUGCAGAGGGAGCAACAGCAAAACGGCUCAGGGUCGUUGUACAACACACUGAGUAUGGUUCAGCAUAUGCAAAAUUGCAUCAAAGGCGUCGUCACGUUUCUUUCUUUCUGUCUGUUCGUGCCUGGGCAUGGCGUCAUUUGUUUCGAGACCCUCUUAGUUCAAUCCGAAUUUACGAUCCUCAUAGCUUCUCGUGAAUCACCAUCAACUUAACUUUUCGUGUUAACGAGAAUGAAAAUCUAAAUCUACUUUUUCGGAAGAAGAAUGGAACCUGUCAUGAUCUAGAUUGUUGUAGUACACGAUGAAAAUCAUGCAGAUCUGUCAUGCAAGAUUGCAAGUUACACACUCGUGUGACGACGCUUUUGCACAGAAUACAACAGCAGUUUCAGCAGAAUCAGAAACCGGGGAAGUUCCACCGGGUGCUGAAGCCCCGGGUAUCAAAUGCAAAUACGUCUGGGUCUGGACGAAAGUUGGAACUUGUGAUGCUGACUUUGGACUCUAAAAAAAUCUCCAUUGCAUGGGCAGCGAGAGGAGUCCAGUUUGUGCUACGCGGCGAGGGCAUUUAUUGUGAUGCGGAAUAGGCAUCAGGAAGCUUUUUAAAGAUCUGUGAUGCUACGUCAUGCAUUACAGGCGUUCUGGAUCAUGGAAAAUCUGCAUGACAAGUCUCGGACAUGUUUGCAAUUCAUACCGGGACCUGAUUUACCACGGCGUCAUCGGGCGUGGGAGCUACGGCAAGGUGUUCGUGUAUGGAAGUGUCAGGUUUGAAAUCGACAAAGCUGAGAUAAUUUCUCAUGCAUAAAUUGCAAGGCAUGAAGUGCCUCUCUUGCAGGGAUGGCAAGUGAGGCCGACUGUAACCCUGUUUGGGGUCUGCGGUAGAGCUGCUAAAGUAGCAUGACAAAAGACGCCUUCUGUCCCUAAACAGCAUGACAAACUGGAUUUAGAGGGUGCCGAGAUUUGUCAUGCGCCGCUUGGAAAGUGGGCUUCCAACUGGUAUCGCUUUUAUGCAUGACAAACUAUUUCAACUUUGACGAUUUCAAUCCUGACACUCCCAUAUCGUGUGCCAGGUGAAAAACCCGGACAGUCUGCAGCUGGGGCCGGUAUGAGAGUGCACAACUCCCCCUCCCCUUCAUUUGUAUUGUUGUUGCAUCAGCAGCAUUACAAACACCAGUACAGGUGGCCCCUGUGCAUGACAAGUUCAUGCGCCGAGUGUAGUACUGUUUGCAUUAUUUCCGGAAUUUGUCAUGCACGCGGUGCCACAAGGUAGCAACUGGAUUUGGGUUUUUGCAUGACAUAUGAGGGGGAGGGGGAGUUGUGCACUGUCAUAGCCGGGAAAGAGCGGGUCGAAGCGGGACCAGUGGACGAGUGGCACAGGUGGAGCGCAGCAGCAACAUGGAGGGGGAAGUAAUAGCGUCAGCAAGCUGUACGCGGUGAAGGUUUUGUCCAAAAACAACGUGAUCCAGCGCCGCCAGGUCGAGCACACGCGCACCGAGCGCAACGUGCUGGAGUUGAUUUCCCACCCCUUUAUCAUCAAGUUGCACCACGCGUUCCAGACCAAGCGGAAGCUCUACACCGUGAUGGAAUACUGUUGCGGUAUUUUGGAUUUACAUGUGAUGUGAAUGUGACAUCGCACUUGUUGAUAUACUCAGUGAAGCUAUUGUACGUCGUGAGCUUGUUAUCGCAAAAAAAAAGUGUUACAGUUACACAUUGUGUUGCAGGCCAAGCAAGACAGACAAGCUCUGUCAUGCCGGAUAUGCAUAGCGGCCUCGUUUAAUAGGUGUUUCUGUUUUCCCGUAGGAUUUCUGCAUUACAAGUUUUCUCUCUCAUGCAGAGAAAUUUGUGUUGCUGAAUUGACUACAAAUGUGUAACUGUAACACUUUUUUCGUGGGAUACUUGUCCAGCAUGUGGCCCUCGCUGUUUCUUCGCGCACGAUCUCUUGCCCUUCCGAACAUUUCUGCCCUUCACGGCAUUAAGAAUGACAUAUCUACCCCGGUAGAUCAUUUUCGAGGAGUGACUGGAGGGAGUAUUCCCCGGUGACUGUUUGUAUAUGGGCUGGCAGAUCCCUAGAAGCUAAUGCCUGUGGUUGUUGGUCUUCCGCCCCUUUGAGUGGGGUCGUUGGAAGGAGCCAACGCAGACGGCGUCUGCCGUUUGCGUUUUGGGAUUUCGCUACGAUUGUGAAGGAUUCAUUUCUUUUCCUAGCACAGGGCCAGUGAGGGCCUCCCCCAGCGGGGGGAAGUUUGCGGUAGUGUCGGGCCAUUUUUGAGGGCAAUGCCAGUGAGGGCCUCUCCCAGCGGGGGAUAGUUUGCGUCGCGCGUGACGUCGCCCUCUGUGCCGCCUUGGUCAAUCGCUGUCAGUUUUUCCGGUGUCUUCGGGAGUCCGGUUUUGUUCUGCUCUUCGGGACGGGACGCGCUCCCGUGCUUUACCGUGCUCCUCUUGAGUCUACGCCAUCUCCUCUGAGGUUCUACAUUCAUGCUGGGGCUUUGUCGUGCCACCGCCCGCCGGGCUUUGGGUUUAGGUAAAGAAGUAGAUACUUGCUCCGUCCGCCUCACAAGGACGCCGUGUGUCUUGCUCGUGCCGGUAGCGCCUGCCACGUCUCUCUCGGUUUGCUCCUGUUUUUGCUUUUUCCCUUGUCCUUUGCCGCAACCCCGGCCCGCGGCUUGGCGCCGGUUUCGCCUCUCCUUCAUUUGUCAUUCUCCGCCCAGGCCGGGUUUCCCUAGAGGGGACUGGAGUUUCUGCCACCUACGGGAGCUUUGUGGAGUAAUAUUCUGGCUUUUGGCGGUUGGGCUGACUUACCACUUCGCUGUAUCUACAACUGUGUUUUGUUGCCCGGCUGUGUCUGUUUUACACGUUGAGUUUCGCUGCGCGGGGGCACCGGGCCGGCGCUUUCAACGCAAAAAAUUGUUCAGGAUUUUGGUCUUGGGAACCACAGCAUGUAGUUGUCUAUUGCUUGGCGGAUCCUCAGAGGUUUUUAUUGUGGCUGGCGCGCGGCUGUGCCGGAACUCGCCAUGAUGUGGGAGGUUGUCUAUAUCACUUGGUCAACGGGGAGGGCGUAGGACCUUUCGCACGGGUUGUCGGAGAUUGCUUACAGGGCGCGCGCUAGUGCGCGAGUAGAGUGGCCUCCUUCUGUGGGAAGGCUUUUCUUUUUCGGGUACUUUCUUUUUUCUGCGGGUUGGAUUCGGUCGGUUGCCUGUCUUCCCUUGGGGGCAAGUGGGGCUGGGGCUGGGGCUGGCGCUGUUCCCCCCAUUCAACCACCGGAGGUGGGGUUCUGGGGGGUCUUGCCCUGGGGGCCAGGUGGUGGCGGAGUGGGCCGUUCCCCGCUACGGAAGCUAGGCCCGGCCUGCUUCGCCCAGCCCCUUCAGGCACGAUUUCUUGCCCUUCCGAACAUUUCUGUCCUUCACGGCAUUAAGAGUAGGGUUUUUUAACGCAAACGAGCCCGGUCUAAAAAUGAAUUCAAAACAACUUCAAACUGAUUUCAAACAUUUUGAAAAAUGAAGAACUCGCCCCCUUUCUUCUGGGGAGAAGUGGGUCGUGAGCUGGCAGAGCAGUGCUUUUAGCUUCAUUUGGUUUAACAGGGGAGGGACGCACUCUUGCCAUACAAAUGCCUGUUUCUUGGGAGGGCGCGCGAUGCUCUUCUUCGAUAAAAGGAAAGACGAAAACCCGCGCGCGCGUUGCGAAUCAGUCUCCAGCUUGGCAUGUGGCCCGCCGUAGUUGUGCGCUGACGACUUGGGCCAUGUAUAGACGCGCCCUGGCGCCAAAUAGGGCGAGGCUAGCUACAAGGAAGCAGAAAAAUGAUGGCGGCCGCAUUGUUAACGCGGUUCAUUUUCGCGAUGCUUAGCCAUGAGGGCGAGCGCCGCUCCGUCCAGGGUGGGCUAGUGAGCGACAGCACAAUCAAGGCACAGCAGAGCCCUUUCUCCUGCGCCAUAUAAAUGCGCGCCAGCUUUUGGCGUCAGGCGGACCACCGAGGGAGGGGCGGCAAGUAGUGCCUUGCGAACGUCCAAGCCAGCCCUCCCUGGCUUCUGCGCUUGGUCUUAUUGCUGCUGCUGCAGGCGGAAAGCGCAGUCGGAGAAGCCUAAUCCUGCGACCCUCCGCCCCUGCAAAGGCGCAAGAGCCGACGCGCUUGGUGGCUGCCAUUGGAGCGCCGAGCGAGAGCAGGUGGCGGCGGUUGCUCUUUCUAGCAGCCGACGACCAGCAUUGCGAAGGCAGGCAACCCAAUUCAGUCCGACAGGCCAUCCGGCUGCAAUCCAGAUCAAUCCGAAAACAGUUCAAAAAAGUCCGCCAUCUUAGAAUCCAGGCCCUGACUUUUUUGGACUGAAUUUGGUUGAGGUCGCGGACUUAGGUUUGUCCGGCCAACUUCAAACGCCGGAUUGGAUUUCUCGGACCAACUUCAAACGGCGGAUUGGAUUUUUCGGACCAACUUCAAACGGCGGAUUGGAUUUUUCGAACCAACUUCAAACGCCGGAUUGCAGUCGCUUCGUGAGGCCAUGCCCGCUUCUGCGGGGGCCGGUGCUUCGCGCCGGCGAAUGCUGCCCCACUGACUUGAAUAGAGAUCAACGCCUGCUGUAGCUCGGGCGCUGCGCUUGACCUGUCGGCUGCCCUUCACAUGGCUGACGCGCGUUUUUCCCGGUGCACAACUUGGCGGCGCUGUUGCGUCUUGUUUUUCCGAUCAUUUCAUGGCUUCACGCGCUGACUUCAUCCCCUGCUUUCAAGCCUGUAUAAAAUGGCAAGUAGCUGCUUCCUCAAGUUGAGACCGGCCACGCUGGCCUCUUUCGUAGUCUUUUGCGCGUCGUUUGGGUGAUUACAAAAAGCAGCAAAAACCACACCACGCAGGUGGCCCCCUUUUUGUUUAAGAGCCGGAAGCGCGCCAAAUACGGAAGUGAUUUCUGCUGCCGCCUUACCUUUCCAGACACAUGGCGAAGACUCAUUUCAAAGAAGGUAGCUGUGUAUCUGUAUUUGGAGGAAAAAAAUGAUCUCCAAGAACAGCCAAUGUAGAUAGCUCAAGUUGACGUCGGCCUACAUAUUUUACUUCCAUGAGCCGGGCCGACAUCUCCGCCACUUACCUGAAACUGCUCUGCGCGACGCUGAAUCCGGGGACGUUUUGGGGGCAGUUGAUGGAAUGCGUUUUAGUUGAAAAAAAAAUUUUGAAUCGCUUGGGUUUGAGUCGCUGAGUCGCUCUCAUAUUCUUGCCCUUCCGAACAUUUCUGCCCUUCACGGCAUUAAGAGUAGGGUUUUAGGAUUUAGGACUUUAUUAUCCCCUCGACGUUUUGAGCAUGUCCGCCCGCAAUGAGUACUACUACUACCCGAUCCCGAAUAUAGAAAUGCACACAACAACUACACUUCCAGGUGGCGAAUUGUUUUACCACCUGACCCGCGCCAAGAAGUUCGGACAGGAGAAGUGCAAGUUCUACAGUGGUGAGAUUCUGUUGGCGCUGCACUACUUGCACUCUUUAAACAUCAUCUACCGCGAUUUGAAGCCGGAGAACGUUCUGCUGGACGGGGAGGGCCACGUGAAACUCACGGAUUUUGGUCUUUCGAAGGAGGGCGUGCCGGACAACUACUCGGCGAAAUCGAUGUGCGGCACACCGGAGUACCUGGCCCCAGAAAUUUUGAACAAGCUCGGCCACGGCAAGGCGGUGGACUGGUGAGUCUAUACUAGUACUGGAAGCAUCGGCUUGUUGGAAGUAGGCAUGAUACUCGUUUGAAGUACUUCUCUACUUCAACAUCUACACGUCCGGAUAUGUCGAUCGUGGUUUUACUUACGCGAUAGAAAUUUCCAUGACUACAUCUGCAACUAUAUUGUGCUUCCUCAAAAAACAAGGUACUCUCUUGGCGCCUUGAUGUACGAAAUGCUCACCGGGCUCCCGCCGUUCUACAGCAAAGAUCGCAAAGCGCUGUUCGAGAACAUCCGCACGGCGCCAUUGAUCGUGCCCGACUACAUUAGCCCGAUGGCCCAGGAUAUUCUGCGCAAGUUGUUAAACCGAGAUACCUCCCGGCGCCUGGGAGCCAGCCAACGGGACGGAAUGGAGGUGCCUGAAUCCUAAAAUCGUAGAAUUUUUAGUGCUUUGACUCAUGCGAAGAAAUAUAGUAGUUUGCAUUUGCUGUUGCUGUUCUACUAUUGUUUGUAUUUCAUACAACUCGUCGCUCCGCAUGCAUCGUCAGAUGAGAGAUGUGCGACUUGAUGUCGAAGGGUUUUUAUUUCCAGCACUCUGAACCAACUUUGAGGUUAUGGAGCACAUGUUUUUUGACGGUAUGGACUGGCGAGCGGUUUUGCAGAGGAGGAUCAUGCCGCCGUUUGCUCCGCAGAUCCAGCUCGAGCACGCUCUGGACAUGCGGUAUAAUGUCGCCACUGAGUUAUUGUUAUCAUGGCUUACGAACAUGAUUUGAAAGCUCACUUCCUUUCAUUCCGCCGAAUGCGAAUAAAGAUCGUGAGUAUCCAAAUUAUCAGGUUUUUUGACGAGGAGUUUGUCCGCAUGGACCCGAACAACAGCGACUCGGACUCCGAGGACAACGGCACUACCUUCCAAGGCUACGAGUACACGCCGAAAUUGGACAGCCCCCGGUCCGCGGAGCAAUCGCACCACUUCCCGUCCUGCAUGGACCGACACGGAAACAUGACCUCCCGCGACGUGCAACCCAUGGUCUUGGUAUGGCGCUCUCAAACGUUACAUUCUCAACUGUUACACGAAUCUGUGAUGCAAGAACAGCAAAAGUGAAAGCGGGAGGAUUGCGCGUUUUGCAUUACAAAUUUGGGACGGAGUAUCAUGCUGUUUAGCCCUUCGAAACUUUGUCAUGCUGAGCACCUUGAUCAAGUGGAGGCUGAUGGCAAUUUUGCAUGACAAAUCAUGUAACAGUUGAGAAUGUAACUACAUUUGAGAGCUCCAUACUUCGAGGCGCACGGCUCGGACGAUCACCUGCACUACGGCGAUCAUUGA